GUGAAAACGUACUUAGUUUUGUUUCUGAUUGAUCAAUGGAAACUCAACAAGUCUCAGGAGCUGGGUAAAUGAAUGAAUCUCAGGAGCUCAGGAGCUGUAGAUGGUUACUUCCUCAUAUGACUGGUAAGCUUGGAAGUGCUUGUUUCUUGAUCGUUGGGAACAAACCGGUGCAUGAUUAAGUACAUUUUCCCUCAUCGCCAUACAACAGCAUCAUCGCUAGCUACCUGAACAAGUAGACAGAGAAAAAUGACGCCGUCUUUGGGUAUACCUGCCAAGAUUCUGCAUGAAUCUAUUGGGCAUACAGUAAGCGUGGAAUGCAGAAAUGGAAGGGUGUAUAGAGGACAUUUAAUGACAUGUGAAGACAACUUCAAUUGCAUGCUUGAAGGAGUCACCGUGAUGGAGGAAAACGGACUAAUAACGGUGAUGGAACAGGUACUAUUCACUAGCUCUCUGGAGUGGUUCCCCAGGGGCAGGCGUCAAGGGAAUUCCAAAAAAUUUGCUAGAACAAUGAACUGCAGAUGAAUGUGCAAGGAAAGCGAACAGAUGCUUCGGUCCAGUGUUGAGAACUUUGAUCCAAAUUUCAACACUUUGAUCCAAAUUUCAACACUUUUAUCAAAAUUUCAAAACUUUGGCCCAAAUUUCAAAACUUUGGUCCAAAUUUCAAAACUUUGAUAUUUAAAAUUCAAAAUCAAAGCUCAAAAUUCAAAACUCAAAAUCAAAAUUCAAAAUCCAAAAUCCAAAAUCCAAAAUUCAAAAUUCAAAACUCAAUAUUCAAAAUUCAAAAUCAAAACUCAAAAUCAAAACUCAAAAUCAAAAUUGAAGAUCAAAACGUAGAACUUCAAGACUCUGGUCCACAUUUCCAAACCUUGAUCCAGUGUUGAGAACUUUGAUCCAAAUUUCAACACUUUGAUCCAAAUUUCAACACUUUGAUCCAAAUUUCAACACUUUGAUCCAAAUUUCAACACUUUGAUCCAAAUUUCAAAACUUUGGCCCAAAUUUCGAAACUUUGGCCCAAAUUUCAAAACUUUGAUAUUUAAAAAAUUCAAAAUCAAAAUUCAAAAUUCAAAACCAAAAUUCAAAAUCAAAAUUCAAAAUCAAAAUUCAAAAUAUGAAAUCAAAAUCAAAACGAGGGAAAAACUUUAUACUGUAAGAGAUUGCGGAUAUUUAUCUUUAUCGAAUCAUCGAAUCAAUCAGGUCGGUCUUUGUGGUCCAUUGCACUGUUUCGCCUGUAAAAUUUUCUAGAGGCAUGGACACAUUAUCCCCUCACGCAUCCUCUUCUUCAUCACCUAUGAGUCGCAGGUAUACGUCCGCGGGCAGCAGGUGAGGUUUUUCUGUCUUCCUGAUAUGCUUGCGAUGUGUCCUAUGUUCGGAUCCAGAGGUCAGGGACACGGCCGUGGCACUAUAGCACCACUGAAGGGCAAGGGAAAGGGAAAGAUGAAAGGUCGUGCUUUUGCGAGAGCUUACUAACAGGGUGGCGGUGCUUUUGCAAGAGUUUGAUGCAAGUAGUGGUCAAAGCGCUUGUUUCCCAGAACAUUGUUUCCCAACAAAAGAGGACAAGGAGGAACCCUCCGAACUUUGCCCUAAAUUGCUGAUAUUGAUAAAUUGCGCAUCAUAGUGUUUCGAUCACACCACUCUCUCAGACGAGAGUCCUCUGCUUGAUUUUUCUAUGACACCCGAGUCUUGAUAUUGUUCCCUGG